CAAUGAAAAUAAUAAGGCCGGCUCCAUAGCAGUAUCUAAAAAUACUGCUAAUGCGGAGUGCCUGCUGAGCUCCUUUGUUUGGCACCUUUGGGUGUUUGCUUUGAGUCUGGCUGGGCAGCGGGAGCCAUGGUCUGCGGUGUUGCGCCCCUUGGGCGGUGGGUUUAGGUUAGCAGGUGGACUGUGGCCCCUCUGUGCCCCUCGGCUCGGGUAGAUGUACCAGCAGAGCUGGGGCAGGCGUUGGCUUGGGAGGUGAGGUGGGAGUCUGGCUGCGGUUGGGAGGCUCUGGUGUAACCCCUCUGCACACAGCCGUGCAAGGAGUCACAGUGAGAUGCUGGGGCUUUGUGCCCCUCAGCCUUGUUUGCAUCUGAGGACACUGAUGUGUGGCUGUCACUGUGUCCCAGCGAUUUGCCCUGAUGGCCCUGGCAGAUACCAGAGCGCCAGCCUGCUUACAGGCAGCUCAGUGGUGAUUCAGAUUCACACCCAGACGGUGUGGUCUGUCCAGGCCUUGUGCAGCCCGAGCUGCCUCCACAGCGUGUCCUGGCACCAGCAGGGGAAGGACUGUGGCAUCUGGCUGCUUUGUGGCUGAGCAAAGGUGGGCAGGAGGGGUCUGGAGCGGAGGGUGCUGGGUGGCUCCUGGGUGCUGGCCAGGGCGAGGCCUCUCCGGGGCACUGAUCUCCACUCUGUGGGCAGGUGGGCACCCUGCCCGUCCGCUGCCUGUGCUCCCGCUGCUGCUGUGGUCCCUCCAUCUGCUGCUGGGAGCCGGUACCUCCCUGCUGCAGUGGAGAGAGAGGCUUGCAGGGGUGGCGAGAGCCAUCUGGAGCCCUGGCUGCUGCAGCCCCUGGCCUGGCACGCUGGCAGGGGGAAGGUGGUGUGUGGUAGGGCAGCAGCGGAGGGCCAGAAAGUGCAGGGAAUAGUGCGCUUCUGCGCUGGAGUCUCUGCGAUGAGUUUCCUCCACUUCGUGUGCAGGAAGGUCAGAGCAGUGGUGACUGGUGUUGCCUCCCAGUUGAUGCUUGCGGAGAACUCCAACUCCAGCCAUCAGCCGUGAGAGCUGAGCCUUGUCCCUCUUACCUUGGAGCAGGUGGAGAGGCAACACCCUGCUGCAUGCCGGGCUGCCUCUCCUUUAGAGGCAUGGCUGCAUUUUUGGUGGUGCUGGGCUCUCCCUUUGCUGGAGGGGGAGCGUUGCUGCUGCCUCCGCACUUUGUGAGGUACUGAAUCUGACCUUCCAAGCCGCGCAUGGCAGUGACAUUCCCUUGAGUGGUGAAACACGCCAUCCUUACCUGCCGUGCUGCUUGUCUCCCCUCUGGUGAGAGAGGAACAAAGAAUGGGGAGAUGGCAAAUCCCUAUUGAUUUGCACCGUGGGAGCUGCCCGCUGUGUGUUCGCGGCUGCCUGCCUGGGACCAGGCCUCUGCGAGGGGAAUUGAUCAAGCUGUAAAACCCAGAGCCAGCUAAUGAAAUAGGGACUAUAGAUUUUUAUUUUAAAUGGAAGAGAGUUUAGGGGAGAUUUAAUUAUCCCUGGUUUAUGGACCUGUUAAAGGAAUGAAAUAACAGCCAGCAGGUAGGGCCUGGGCUUUGGCUCGCGGCACUUCUUCCAGGUGUGUGCAGAGCUGGCAGCCACCCCAGGGCAAUGGCAGGGAGUGAGGUGAAGUUGCUCAGAGCAGAGCAGGACUGGGCAAAGUCCUGCUUGUCCUGCCAGGUGUCCCUGCUUCCCCGGUGGGAGUAUCUGCCUAGAAGAGCAGUGGGGCUGACCCUGGGGAGGUGGGCUUCCAGCCCACAUGAGGGAUUGGUGUAAGAAAAGCUCUCCUUGUCCUUGGGGGUUGGUGUGGACCCAUCCUUGUGCUGGUGGACAUCAGAGAGUUCAGGAGCCCUCUGCUCACUGGGCUGUUUUCCCCCACGUAUUGUUUCCCAGGGGCUGUGGGCACCAAGCUCUCACUGAAGCCUGUGUACCUGCAUGGAGCGUGUGGGGUUUGUAAAUGAGCGCUGCAGAGCGCUGGGAUUUGCUGGGCUUAGCUGUGUGUUGGACACAAGCUGUAACACUGUCACUACAGCCACUCCUACUGUGUGCAUCCACUACACCAUCACGUGAGGCCGCGGGGCACAGCUAGGGAGUUGGUGGCUGGGCAGCCAGUAGCGAGCGGCACAGCACUGGUUUUUGGAAGAAAAGCAUGGAGGUUUUGGAUGCUUUUGGUUUAUCAACUCUGAAUCGAGGAGCCAGUGCAUGGCAUUUUCCCACCAUCCCUUGGCUCCCUGCUUGGGGCAAGCUGGAGAAACGUGAUUUGUCACCUGCCCUGUGUAGGUGAAUGGUUGGCCAAGGGUUUUGUGUGCCCACCGGGCAGGCGCAGCACAUGGAGUCCCAGUUUGGUAUGUUGGAGGCUGCUAAAAUGUCCAAGGAAGCUGCUGGUGCUGGAGAGCCCUGCCAGAGGCCCUGUGACAUUGGCCUGGCAGGAGCUCGGGAGAGCCAGGCCCUGAGUCCUGCAGUCACCAAGCUGCAUGAGGAUGUCUCCCUGGGACAGGAUCCAAGGUGCUGGUGUCUUGCCCUGCCUGGAGCCUGAGGUCCCACGUGCCCAUCCGCCUCCCGACGUCACCAAUGCGACCAUGGGAACUGACAGUGAAUAGGCGGCCACCCUCUGCCCCUUUUAACCAGCGCCGUUUCUCUGGGGGACCCUGCAGCAGCCCCGACAACCUCCGGCGAAGCCCCCCUGCCAGGCGUCAGUGGGGACGACGCGACCGACCUCUGGCAACCCUGCUGGGCCAGGAUGAGCCGCAGCUGCACCCUGCCUUCCCCCAGCAGCCGCACAUCCCUGUAGAUGAGCCCCGCGCCUACGCUCUCCCCAGCACGCCACCACGAAUGCUUCACCCAGCUGCUCACCCGCCCCACCAGAACCCAUUCAUGGUGGAUCUGCAUGACCAGGUGCACCAGGGACCCGUCCCUCUGUCCUACACGGUUACCACCGUCACGACGCAAGGCUUCCCCAUCCACGCCGGCCAGCACAUCCCUGGGUGCAGCACCCAGCAGCUCCCAGCAUGCUCAGUGAUGUUCAGUGGACAGCACUACCCGCUCUGCUGCCUCCCGCCCCCGCUGAUCCAGGCAUGUGCCAUGCAACAGCUCCCCGUCUCCUACCAGACGUUCCCCCCCAUCAUCUCCAGCGACCAUUACAUCCUGCACCCCCCACCGCCGCCAGUGGCUCCCCACCAGCCACCCCACAUAGCCCCCCUGGGGCAGUUCGUACCUCUCCAAGCCCAGCACCCGCGCAUGCCUCUGCAGAGGAUAGACAAUGACGUGGACCUGCGAGGGGAGCAGCACCCCAUCGCAGGCUUCACGUACCCCCCGUCCCACCACGCUCCCACGCUGUCCCCCUCUGUGCCGCUGCAUUACCUUCCCCACGACCCGCUGCACCAAGAACUGCCAUUCGGCGUGCCAUAUCCCCACAUGAUGCCCCGGCGGCUGAACACCCAGCGGUACCGGCUGCAGCAGGCGCUGCCCCCUCCACCACCCCCUCCACCGCCUCCCCCAUACUACCCGAGCUUCCUGCCCUAUUUCCUCUCUAUGCUUCCCGUGUCGCCGACGGCCGUGGGGCCCACAAUCAGCCUAGACCUGGACGUGGAUGAUGUGGAGAUGGAGAAUUAUGAGGCACUGCUGAACCUGGCUGAGCGGCUCGGGGAGGCCAAGCCGCGGGGACUCACCAAAGCAGACAUCGAGCACCUCCCAUCCUACCGCUUCAACCCUGAGAGCCACCAGUCGGAGCAGACCCUGUGCGUCGUGUGCUUCAGUGACUUUGAGGCCCGGCAGCUUCUCCGUGUCCUGCCCUGCAACCACGAGUUCCACGCCAAGUGUGUCGACAAAUGGUUAAAGGCGAACCGCACGUGCCCCAUCUGCCGGGCAGAUGCAUCGGAGGUGCAGCGGGAGGCGGACUGAGGCUGGCGGGUGCUGUGCCACACAAUUUGCUACAGGACAAGGACGCCGGGCCAGGGGCGGGGGCUGCUGCCCGCUGCCAGGGCCUGACCCUGCGCUUACCCCCUCUCCCCAAAGCCUCUCCUCAGUUGUGGUGAGCAUUGAGCAGACCGGGCUCCCGGCCAGCCCUUCUCCUCCCUGCGGGGCACGGACUCGGCCGGACGCCUGCCGGCUGCGCUCCUGGGGCCCUGAAUCUUGUGCUGGAGGUGGGAGGCGUGUGGCCGUGCCCUCCACGCUCCAAGGACGCUGUUGUUGCUCCCAUCACUUUCCAGGUUUUUGUACUCCGCUAGGGAAUUAGUGUUUUUUCCCUUUGUCACAUUUUUUUUUUUUUUUUUCUUCAUGGCAGGGUUUGUUUUUUUCCUGUUUCCUUUUCCGUUGUGUUUUUUGGUUUCGUGGCCGUUUGACCAAGCGGCGCAGGCAGCUCCUCCGCAUGGGGUUGCUCGCAGAGGAUGCAGGGAGGAGAGAGGAGGGAGCGUUGUGGGUUUGAUGCCGGCAGCACCCUGAGCUGGAGUGCUGAGCCAGCAGCUGGAGGAGGUGGCCGGCAGAGCACGGCCCAGGUGGGACACCAGCAACCCUGCGGCAUGGCUGGGGCAGGAACACCUCCAUCCCCGCUUCCGCACGCAGCCCCUUUCCUGCCUCGGCUGCCCUGGGGAACCCUGGAGGGUUGUGGCUGCUCGGGGUCUUUCUCUGCUGGGAGGACGGUGCUGGCACGGCCCCGGCCCCUCUUCCCGUUCAUUCCCCGUGCUGAGCCGGGCCGCGUGGCGCCCUGUGAGGCAGCCAGGCCUGGGAGGGACCCCAUCCCCAUGGCCAGGGGUGCACAGUGGCCCUGCGGUGCCACCCAGCUCCUGCUGUCGUUUCUCUGUCCCGCUGCCAUAAACCUCAACAGCCCCGUGCCCCCCGUCCUGCAGGCUGGACGGCGCGGUGCCGCGGCCGGGGGGCAGCAGGGGGGCUGCAGAGCUGCGGCAGGCGCCCCCAGCUCCGCACAGGGGGGGAUUUUAUCCAUAACCUCAUGGUGUAUUUCCAGUGCUACCCUGGCCCUGCCCCGGCCGGUGGGGGGGGAGCCACGAGCUGCCCCCUGCCCGCACGAAUGGCCAGGUGGGCACGGGGCUGGGGGAGAAGCCGCUGCCGCCGCCUUACUCCAGCAAUCCCGCGUGGCCGAAGUUGUUUUGCAUGAUUAAUUAGCGAGGAGGGUGAUGGGAGGCGGUGUUGGCGGAGGGGGGAGGAACGCCCUCCCCUCACGGCGGGGAGCCUCCGAGCGGACGCCAGCCCUAUGUAAAUGUUCACAAAUAUGCAUGCAUGUCUGACCAGCUUGGAACGUGGUCUUGGCUACGUCUAGCCGGCUGUGGGGUGAGGGGGGGUGGGGAGAGGGGUUUUUGUGCUCAGCUGAUACUGCCAUGCACUGUACUGCACAUGUCCGCAACGCCACAGCAGGACCGUGAGACUUUCAGGGCCGUCCCCGCGGGGCUGCGCCGCUGCGGGCGGGAGGCGGUGGCCGGGGGGCCCGCGGCGUGUGCAAGGGGACGGGGUGGGAGGCUCCCCGCGGGGCGGGGGGCAGGUGGCGGGGCUGGCCCCCGGUGCCUCGACCGCCGUGCUGGGUGUGAGGCCGGUGGCCGCGCCCGGCAGGUGGUGGGGCGGGAUGGCUCCCUGCGCCGCCCCACCGUGGGCCGGGAACGCUGCCCAUCACCGGGGCAUCACUCCCCAUUGGCGGGGUGGUACCGGUGCCCGCCCAGGGCGGCAGUGACCAUCGGCUCCUCGCCUCCCACCCUGCGCGCGAGGCGUCGAGGGCCCGCGGGCGCUGGCACCGCUGGGCUCGGUGCCCCUCGGGCAGGACCCCGGCCCCCUCCCCAUCCCUCGCUCAGUGACAGAUAACCAAAGGAGUCCCCGUGCCGCGCGGUGGCCUCGCGCCCCCGGAGACGCCCCCCCACUCGUCCCCUCCCGCCCUCGCGGUGCCCAGGGAGCCAGGAAAGCCUUACGGUCCUUUGACGGCGACUCGAAAGCUCACAGCUCGUGUGCUGCAGAAUUUAUUCCAAUGAGCAGCUAAAAAAAAAAGUAUCAUUUAAAAAAAAAAUAACAAAAAAAAAUAACAAAAAAAAAAUAACUAAAAAACAAUUAUUUAGGGUGUUUGUGAUUGCUGACUGCGCUGUAGAUACCACUGUUUACCAAUGAUUUCCUGUGGUGGGAUAGUGGACUGUUUACUGUUCUAUUAUACCAGUCCCCGGGCCCUCCGGAGGGACCCCCGCGGCCCCCGCGGCUCCCCGGAAGGUGCUAGGACGUGUGUUCUGUGUUAGAAAGUUUUUAUAUAUAUAUAUAUAUAUAUAAAUAUAUAUAUAUAAUUUUUUUUGCUCUGUUACUUGCACAUUUUACAGUUACCUCAUUUUUCCCAUGUAUGUAUUUGAAAAAAGGCUAAUAUAUAGAAAAAAAAAGGUUCUUAAAGCUCUAAAAGUGUUUGGUUUUUUUCCAUUCCAUUGGAAUCAUAUUGGUUUUGUAGCAUUUAACAUAACUAGUAUGUUGUAUUAUAUAUAUGUGUAUUAUACUGAUUGAAAUUUUUAACAGAUUUGUACUUUUUUUAAAAUGAAAGUUGCUAGUUCUGCUUGACCAAGUAGUGCAAUCAUUAUUUUUUUUAAUGUUGUGGCUGAUUUUGAGAGGGAUAUUCACUAAUAAAUGUAUGAUGUAUACCAAG